AUGGUAUUUACAGAAGAAGAAGAAAAAGGCCUAGUAACCUACAUUAAAAAUGUCGCCCACAUGCAGUACGGAUUGACCAAAAAAGGUGUGAGGCUCCUAGCUUUCAAGUAUGCCAGGGCCAAUGAGAAAAAAAUGCAUACCACUUGGAAUGAGGAAGAAAUUGCUGGGGAAGAAUGGAUGCGAGGGUUUUUAAAGAGGCACGGCGAUUUGUCAGUUCGUAAACCGGAGGCGACAAGCUUGAGUCGCAUGACUAGUUUCAACAGGAGCAAUGUUGGGCUUUUCUUUAAUCAUAUUAAAGAAGUUCACAGAAAAUAUGGUCCUAUCGCACCUGAUAAAAUUUGGAACUUAGACGAAACGGGUCUCAGCACAGUCCAAGGCCAAUCUAAAAUAAUUGCCCCAAAGGGGGUAAAACAGAUAGGAAGUGCUACGUCGGCUGAAAGAGGAUCUUUAGUAACAAUGAUCGCUGCUGUAAAUGCAGUUGGCAAUUCGUUGCCCCCUAUGUUGAUAUUUCCCCGUGUACAUUUCAAAGAUAGGAUGCUCUUUGGGGGACCAGCAGGAUCUAUUGGGGCCGCCAAUCCUUCUGGAUGGUCCAAUGAAGCGACAUUCAUUAAAUUUUUGGACCACUUUUUGAACACUGUCAAGAGCUCAAAGGAUGAUCGUGUCUUGCUCAUUCUAGACAACCACGAAACCCACCUUUCUCCGGAGGUCCUUGACAAGGCAUCUAAUGCAGGCAUUGUGGUGGUUACUUUCCCCCCGCAUACUUCACACAGCUAG